AAAGUGUUUAGCCAUUAGUUAAUAAAAAGUAUUUUGUUUUUAAUUUUCUCAAUCAGUAGAAGCCACUGAUAUCUGAUCGCCGCUUUAUGCUUACACAAAAGGCGAAUUUGAUAAUGACAAAACCAGUUUUGGUUAUUAAGUUAGAAGGAUCUUUACAUUUCAACAAGUGCUCCUUAAAAGAAGCCAAGCUUUCAUAUGUGCAUGAAAUUAAUGCUCAAAUUAGAACUUUGUUACUUAUUUCUUCAAUUGACUUUUAAGCUUGAUUGUUUUGUAAAAAAAUUUACUUUAGAAUUUGUGAAACUUUAAAUAAUGGAAGCAAAUCAUGAAAAAAAGCUAAUGAAGGUUUCUUUAAAUUCAUUUGAAGACAAGUGUUUUAUUUCUUCUAAACAAAGUGCAUGUAAUUCCGUUUCUCUUUUGUCCCCUGAUGCUGAUGACUACCCUGUUUUAUAUCCUCAAAGAUCUUUUAUUCUUUACAAAUGGCGAUGGAUUAAUUUAAUUUGCUACUGUCUGCUAACUUUAUCUGCUGGUUCAUCUUGGCUUUGCUUUCCUGCAGUUUCUAAUGUCAUUCGAAAGUAUUAUAAUAUUGGGAUUAUGCAAGUUAACUUACUUGCCAUUGUAUUUGGAUUUGCUAUUGUGAUUCUAUCUGUUCCAUUUGGAUUUCUUCUUGAUAAUUAUGGACUUGCUUUAGUACUUCGAAUUGCUGGCUUCCUUAAUGCUGUUGGAGCAACAGUUCGUUAUUUUGGUGCCGAACAAUCUAAUGGAUACAUUUUUUUGUUGCUUGGAAACAUUUUCACGGCAAUGUCGGUAUCAGGUUUCUUAUUUUUACCAGGCAAAAUUGCAGCAUCAUGGUUUGGUCAAAAUGAAAUGGGGAAAACAAUUGCUAUAUGCAUUGGUUUUGAUGCUUUUGGAACAGGCUUAGGAUAUCUGCAUGCAACAAGAAUGAUAACGAGCAGUGCCAAUGCUACAGAGGUUGAAUCUAAUAUUAAAAAUUUUUUGAUGUCUCAAUUGAUUCCUGCAGGUCUUGUUUUUGUUUUCAUUCUUGUUUUUGUUCGAAAACAGCCUAAGACACCACCAAAUAUAAUGGAAUAUGAAUAUUUAAAUCAAAUAAGCAGGUAUAAAUACCUAAAAAGACAAAAGCAGUUGUGCAAGUUUAUAGAGCAAGCAUCUGAAACUGAUGAUAGUCAUUCAAAAAGUAUAACUGGAAGUUUUGAUGAUCUUUCAUUGAAUGAAUACCUUGAUUCUGUAAUAACAUUAAAAUCUUCAAUUAUUGAAUUGCUUAGAAAUUUUGAUUUUCAUUUAAUCAUUCAUAUGCAAGGUAUUGCUGCAUCGGUUGAAGGAAUUUUUCAAAUGUUGCUUAAUGAAAUGCUGACUAGUUUGUACCCAGGUAAAGAAAGAAGUAUUGGCAUAGUUGGAUUUGCUUCUAUUUUUUUAGGAUUUGCUAGUAAUAUAAUAGUUGGGUUGGUUGUUGAUCGAACUGGAUCAUGCAAAAAGAUUUCAUUUGUAAUAUUUUUUCUCACACUAUUAAGUUCAAUUUCUUGGUAUCUACUUAUGGAGUUCUUGCAUUGUUUUAUUGCUAAAUCAAUAAUGUUUUGUAUUUUAAUAUCCAUUUUGUCAUCCUAUCAUACCAUUGCUUUUACCCACAGUGCUCAACUAUCAAUUCCAUUGUCACCAUCAGCUAUAGGCGUUAUGUUAGUAUUAACAUCACAAAUUUAUGACACAAUUUCAAUGCUGGUGGCUACUGAAAUUCUUGCACGUUUCGGAUCGGAAGGAGUAAACUUGUUUGCAGUUGUUUUGUGUUUUAUUGGUGUUUUCUUGUCUUUAUUUAUUAAAAAAAAGAAAGUAAUAUUAGGUACUGCAGUUUAACUGCAUAAAAACUGUUAAUGUCUCUUUAUAUUGCUGUCUAUAAUUCUUUAAAUAUAUUCAAGUAAUAAAAUCCAUAAAAAUGCUAUAAGAAUUUGAACUCAAAAUAAUAGUUUAAAUAAUGUAAGAAUGAUUUCUGAAAAUUGUUUUUUAAUGUAUUUUGUAAGUUAAUUUUUUAAUUUGAUGUUUGUUUAUAUUUAUUCUGAUGUUGAAAGAGUAUCUUUCUGUGCAUCACUGUCUAAUAUAUUAUAUCUAUUUAUAUAUAGUUGCAAUAAAAGAUUUUUAAUCAAAUAUUUAAGAAUUUGGAGCUACAGAAUUUUUUUUGUUAUUUAUUUACUAUAUAGCUGUUUUUUAGUUAUUAUAUCUAUUCUGAUCUUAGAAGAGAGUAGCGUAUGUUUGUUUACAUAUAUAUAUAUAUAUAUAUAUAUAUAUAUAUAUAUAUAUUAUAUAUAUAUAUAUAUAUAUAUAUAUAUAUAUAUAUAUAUAUAUAUAUAUAUAUGUGUGUGUGUGUGUGUGUGUGUUUGUGUGUGUAUGUAAAUAUUGCACAAUUUUAGGCUUUUUUUGUUCUUUUAUAUAUAUAUAUAUAUAUAUAUAUAUAUAUAUAUAUAUAUAUAUAUAUAUAUAUAUAUAUAUAUAUAUAUAUAUAUAUAUUGCACAGUUUUGAACUUUUUUUUGUUCUUAUAUUAUUUAGCUUUUUUUUAAAUUUACGUUAUAUUUAUGAUGUUAGAAAAGAAUAUCUCUAAUAAUGUCGCUCUAGUAUAUUACCUAUGUGUACAAUGUUAUAUCUAAUAUAUAAUAAAUUAGAGUCCUAUGUGUACAAUGUUAUAUCUAAUAUAUAAUAAAUUAGACUCCUA